AAGGGCGUUGAGCGUGCCACGCCGCCGCGGUGCCGCCGUCCGACUUCAAAAUCAAAAGCAAAAUCGUCAAGGCAAGCAGCGGCCGAACUGGCGACUGAGCAGGAAUUAACUUAACGCCGAGAUUCGAAACCCAGGUGCGUGUGCCGGUCGUGGAGAAGCCCCCAUUUCCGGCCAACCAAACCAUGCUCCUCGCAGUAAAUUGGAUUGGGAAUUGACUAGUAAAAAAAGAAGAUGAUCACCAGCUAGCACGAGCCUUUGUGGUCGUAAGCCCGUUCAUAUCUAAUAGAAGGAAACGGAACGGGUGCCCUCAUCGCAAGCAUAACAUCAACCAUCAUACCACAAUUCACAACUUGCUUCACUUGGUCAACGGAAGCAACCAAACUACCGAGCAGGACCGAGCUGCCCACGUUUAUCAUCUUGAAAUCGCAUUAACUUACAAUUGAACGUCGGCUGGCCGGAUUUAGCGCUGUUCCUGUAUCUUGCGGCUCCAAAACAACAUUGCAUAUCCGGGUGAAAUAUGGCAAAGGAAUUGGUAGCGGCGACGGGUGGCGUUCGCCUUACGCUUACGUUAUGCGGCGUACUAUUAGGACUGAUCCAAGUGGGGCCAGCGACGACGGUGGCAGCGGCGGCCGCAACGACUACCUCGAAUGCGGUCCGAGUGAACAAGUGUUGCGAGAAGUUCGAGGUCGUGUACGAUGGCAAAUGUACGGUCGCCGAAACGGUCAACGCAACUGUCUGGACACCGGAGUUUAUUGGACGCAAGGGCGAACGGAACGUGAAAGUAGAUGACUUUCGGUUCGUAAUCGGUCUUCCGGACUGUGGCACGAAGGAGAAGUUCACCAUCUACCACUAUCCAUUCAGCCACGAUAAAUUGAUACUCUUCCCUGAUGGCCAGAUGCGACAUAUCAGUCUACACGAGAAGGAGAAAACCGGAGAUAACAACCUUCGUCGCUAUCUGGACGAGGACUACAGCGACGCGGAAGGUCAAUCCAUUUUAUCGCUCAAGUACGACUACGUGCAGGGGUUGUACUGUAUGGAUCGAUUCAUCAGUAGCAGCAGCGAAGAUCAUGGAGAAUCGUCGGAAAGGAUGAUGGCAACAGUCUGCUCCCCGAAGCCCGAGAUACACUGGACCGACAGUAGUGUGAUGCUGCGCAAAAUCAUUAACCCAAUCUGCCACGGAAUAGCGAUGAUUAUUCUGCUGAUCGUGGCGAUCAUCUACUUCGUGCUGCCAACGCUGCGGGAUCUCGUCGGCAACAUGGUCACUACAAUCACGCUCUGCUUGAUCGUCAGCCAGGCCGCGGAUCUUGUGCGUAUCUUUACGGAAUUCAGCAACCAUGUGAGCUUCCUGAUCGCAGACCUGUUCUUCUACGUCAGCCUGCUCGGGGCCUUCUUUUGGCUGAACGCGAUGGGCUACUAUAUCUGGAAGAUGUUCCGGACCAGGAACGUCUUUCUACGUGUCAGCGAUGGCCGAAAGUACUGCUGGUACUCUGGGUACGCCUGGGGUUGCACUGCAAUGAUGGCAUCGAUUGCGGUGUUUGCUCACUAUUUCCUCGAUCUGCCCGGUAGCAACAGAAGCCAAACGACCGCUGCCGAAGGACAUACUGCUGAAAGCAUCGAUGGGUUUUUCGAAAGCCAGGACAGCAUCAGCUGGUUAGGCAUUGCCGUGUUCUUCAUGCCCAUUGCAUUCAUUAUCAUUGUGAACAUCUUCUUCUUUGUGACAACGCUACGGUUCAUCAAUCGAAUGCACACAUACGGACGGAUUCAUCACAAGCUGCGCUGCAGCUUCGUAAUGUUCACACUCAUCUUUGCGACAAUGAGCGUCGCGUGGCUAUUCCUCAUCCUGUCCUGGCUGCAUGUCGACGGACUGCUCUACAUGCACAUAAUUGCGAAUGCGCUACAAGCACCGUGCAUUCUCUAUAUUUGCGUGCUGCGCCAGAAGCAUGUCACGUUUCUGGUGAAGUCAUGCCUCGGUGACCAGCCACCGCAAACCUCAGAAUGGGGCGAUGAAAUGACGUACAUGAAUGGCGGCAAUUACUAGGACACGCGCCCGCGACACACAAUCGUGAUUCCCAAUAACGUGAAAUUCUCCUUUCACGAGCAAAUGCAGCUCUCGAUGCAUAACAAUGAUUUCGAACGCCACAGAGAAUCUCAGUGACAAUAUGAACAAAACACGUCCAAUAAGUGUCUUAAUUGGUCGACGAAGCCUUUUGAAAUUAUCUCCAAAAUUGUAAGACUUAACUAACGUCAUAGCGAUUAGUAAGUAAGACUCAUUAGCGUAGAUAGCGUGUGUUGGUGUAGGUAAGCGUGAAUCUCGAAACAGAUAUUGCUUCACGGUUACACUCAAGGUUUCCACUAAAGGGCUAAUAAGUUAAGAGCAAGUUGAGAGUCAUGUUAGAUUAAAGCAGAUUUUUAUAGUUUAUAGAUAGUAUGUUGGAAUUGUUCGGUUUCCAACCAUUAGUUUCGAACAAAACAGUGUAGAUAGGUUAAACCAAUUUUCUGUUUAACAACAGCUCCGUAAGAUAUAAUUGUAAAUGAGCUCAAAUCGUGAAGCACCAAACGCGCAGUUGACUUAAAACAAUGGAAAAUGGGGCGAUAAAGAUAAGAAUGGAACUAAUGAAAAUAAAGCACGUAUUAACUACGAAGGUUAUAAUAAUUCAUGAAUCUGGGUUUACGGAAUUUCUGCAUGAAUAUUUCGAGUUACGAUUUUUUA